AUCCUCCCGCCGUUGUUGCCACAUCAAACCUGAUGGGAUUACCACCAAUGGCAAUGACUGCACAGCGGGGAGGGCCACAAGAUCUUCCCACCGUUAUUACCCCACAGAACCCACCAAACCAUACCACUAAUGGCAAUCGGAUGGAUCCACUUAUAGCGCCAACAGCCCUACAGCAGCACCAGCCGUUGCUCAGGGAAGAGAUUGAAAGAGUUAGAGCCACGCUAGAGUCACUAGAGUCCCUGCUGCACCAACAGGAGGAAGCGCCCCAAGGAACUGCCACCACUCCUGACCACAGAAGACAGCCUCGAACAUCAGCUCUGACAGCCUACCAGGAAGCUAGCUACACUCUAUCAGAAACACAGACCUUCCAACACAUGAGCAAGCAAGAGCCUGGGCUCCCUCAGCUCAAUGCCAGAGCAGCAGAGUUCAGACCAAGCCAACAAGGUCCCUUGCACGUGACAUUGCAAAAUACACCCAGCCACCAGUACGCCGAAGGAAGUUACCAGCCAAACAUGGCACACGCCCCCACUCCUGGAAGCGAGGUACCAUCGCCACCCGGUUACACCCCUAUGAGACUUUACAGAAGCAAACUAGAUCUGGCAUCCAAGGGUGUACACAAAUUCCCCGAUAAACCGGGAAAGGACUACGUAUUGUGGAAGCUCACGUUCCAAACCGCCAUCCAAGAUGAAGCUAUAACAUCGAGCGAAGUGCUCGGACACAUGAAAACAUGGCUGGGACCGGCUUCCACACGAUUAAUAGAGAACACUCAACUAGCCCACUUAGGCAACCCAACCACCGCCCUUCUCAAAGCUUGGGAAAGGCUCGACGAGCGGUAUGGCGGACAUGAACUGACAGAAAAGUCGCUCUUAGAUUGCAUUUACACCUUCCCUAACAUCAAUAUCAAUGAUCACACCCAGAUGUUGGAAUUCGCAGACACGCUCUCGAUGCUACAUUCAGUUCGCGAGCAACCCAACAUGCCGAAACUUACCUGCCUCGAUCAGUUCGAGAAGCAAAGGAUCAUAGUUAGAAAACUACCAAAGCAGUCAAGGGAUGAAUGGGCCAAAAUAUCAGAAACCCACAGGAACCAAGACCCUAACGCACCACCCGCCUUCGCUGUACUCGCUGAAUUUGUGACCGACCAAGCAAAACUACAUCAUAAUGCCAGCAACUUCGAGCCAACAAAUGACAACUUCGGCCCCAACCAAAGUUCUUCCCAAGCUACGGACAGAACCAUACCUUUGGUGUAUAAAACUGACGAACAAACACCGAGAAGCGCUCUUUCGAACCCUCAUCCAACUACCAAAGGCCUAACUUGCCCGAUACACAAGUUCUCUCACUCUCUAAAUGAUUGCAGAGAAUUUAGGAAGAAAUCCCUAGAUGACCGAAAGACCCUACUCAAAGAGAAUAGGAUAUGUUUCAAAUGCUGUGACUCUAUGGAUCACAUAGCCAAGGACUGCACAGCUAAUGUGAAAUGCCACCUGUGCAACAGCGACGGGCACCCAGCAGCCUUACACCUAGAACCUAAGACGCUGCCUAUGGAAUCACGACAAGCAACUAGCUCUACACCAGACUAAUCACUGACCGAGUCCUGUUGCUAAG